UCAAAAAAGCGCAACCCAGCAGCAGUUGAAUCUGCUGUUUACCCUAUAAAGAGGUAAAGAUCCGAACGAGGUUAUGUGAAAACCUUCAAUGAGAACGAUUUUGUAACAGAUUUACAAAAGGCUGGUGACAAUUCCAUGUUUCAAUCUAUAUUCUAUUUGAAAUAUGAAGAUUUUGAAUAUAAUUAUGAAGAACUGGAUGUUUUGAAACAGCAGUCAGAAGAAUUUAUGGCCAAUUUACUUAUUAUAUUGAAGAAUAUCGCAAAAGGUGAGGAACUGCUUGAAGUGCCUAGAACUUCACCACAAGGGUGUGAGGAGUGGUUGAAAUGGAGGUCAUAUUUCAUCACUUCUUCAAAUGUUAAAAUUGUGGCCACCCAAGUAGGGCAAACUGAUAUAAUUUUUCUACAUAAUACAUCUAUUAACAAGUUACCGCUUUUCAGGAAAUUAAACAUGAAUAGGUGGACUUGUCCGAAGUGUGUAAAUUAUUACAACCUUAAGAUACACAUGGUUAAGCUGUUUCGGUCGUCAUACCGUACCAAGGCUUUGAUAUAUGAAAUAUUUCUUUGACGUUGAUAUCUGAGAUGAUGGAUGAGCAACGUACGGAGGCAGCAAUUGAGGAUUCUUUUAAUUGUGUCUCAAGCAUCAAGACUAUUUUCAGAUCCUUUCUGUCUCCGACGGAGAAUAUGAGCAGGAAGAUGCUUCAAAAAUAUAGGCAUUUUGUAAUAAGAUAUUUUCCUCUACUGCUCAAAUUGGUGUCAGAAAGUAGGGGAUGCAACAGUUCUGCAUGUUUUUCCCCAAAUGAAGUUGCGGCCAGAAAAGUUGAUCCAUUGGUGGAGCAUUUUUCUCUCGAAAACCGAGCAAGAUUUGUCGGGAAUAUUGUGGAAAACAGACCUGGUCCUCCCUUCUCAGAAGAUCCCUCAUUUUUAAACUUGAUGUCUUCAACGCAAAAUCCGUCUCAGCCUUCUUCAUGGUCUCAUCCAUUGUCAACGUCUCAGAUAUUAUUGCCUCAGUCAACGUCACCGGUACAACCAGUCUUAUCUACUCAGCCAUUGUCUUCGUCUCAGCCUAUAUUGACUCAGCCAGCUUCAUCCUUAACCUCAGAAACAUUUCUUAUUAAUGUGGAAAAUACUUUGUUCAGCCAAGAGUAUUCAACAGCACAGAACCACUUGGAGUUUGUCGAAGACAAAAUCAAAUUGGAGAAAAACGAUGUCAGCAAAAUAGCAGAGCUGACAGUCCGAGAAUGCAAAAUGGCUGCUGGCUCGGAAGAAUAGGUCAAGAAAUUUUGCGGUUGUCUUGGCAGCAUGUAAUAGGCAGCGUUAUCCUUCCAAGCUAU